AUGUUUCGUGAUAGUGAUUCUGACAGUUAUAGUGAAGAUUUCCAAGAUUAUAGUGCUGAAGAAUAUGGUGACGAUGAAUUUGACUGUGAUGAAUUCGUUAGUAACAAAACAGGUCAAGGUAUACUUGAUUUUGAUCCUGCAGAAUUAGUGGAAAAUUUAGUAAGAAAAUGGAACUAUGAAAACAAUAGUAGUAGUAUUGAUAGCGAUUUAGACAAAACAGAUGAUACAGACAAAAGUAGUAAGAAUGUAAAUGCUAUAGAGAAUGAAAAUAAUGAGGAUGAAGACAUUAGUGAGAGUUCAAAUAUUAUAGAGAAUGAAAAUGAGAUUGUAAAAUCUUUACCUAUAGCGCUUAGAAAAACAUGUCGUAAAAGUUUAAAGAGAUAA